CUAGGGGGCAUUAUCUCCUCGUUGAUUGGGCACAGCUGACAGAGAACAUUUCCCUUUAAAACUUUAAGUGCUCUUGCUGCCGCCCUGGGCCACCCUAAGCCACAUCGUAUGUGUCAAAAACGCCACUGACCACAGCAAGAGGAUGGUAGCUUUCAAAGCCAACGCAUUAGUAGUAGUCUGCUGCAGAUGUUGCAGUGCCACAGGCAUCCUGACUGUCCUUUCCUGUGGCGUAGAUUUCUCCUGGCUUAUCGGCUGGUUGCAGUCAGGACUCUUGGCUCAGCACAUAAAGAAGGGAAAACAGAUGGCGAGUGGACAGCUGUCGAGGGACGAAGCGCUGGAAUGCUCUCACAGCAGGCAUGCAUGCCACGUGAUGCUCUACUCUGAUACGGCAUCUCAGCUGUUUGGCAGGAUUCCCAUCAGGCACGUUGUACUGAUGCAGAUGCGCUUCGACGGUCUGCUGGGCUUCCCUGGCGGUUUGGUUGAGCCCUCGGAGGAGACCCUGGAGGAGGGACUUACCAGGGAAUUGUUGGAGGAGCUGGGUGUAGCCGUGCCAGUUUCCAUAGAAGACCACGUGGCGUCUUCCUUUGCCCCUUCUCGUCCAGGCUCCUCCUCCCGCUUGAUGCUUCACUUUUACGUGAAGAAGAUGGAGGAGGAGGGGAUUCUAGAGGUCGAGAAAGCAGCCGCGUCCACCGCGGUCGAUCACGGUCUCGAGGUGCUGGGAAUGGUCCGAGUCCCUCUUUACACCACUAAAUCCGACGGAGGCCUCCCCUUCUUCCUGUCGCACUCGUUCAUAGGCAACGCUCGCUCCCAGCUGGUGGACUCCCUGCUGCGCCUCCACCUGGUGUCCCCUCAGGAGCUGCGGCAUGCUCUCAGGAGCUCCCAGAGGAAGCACUCUGAGGCCGCGCGGGACCUGCGCGCGGCUCUGGAGCUGACAGAGGCGCCGAGAAGAUGACCUGGAAACACGUCUCCACGUGCGCAUCCUGACAUGAACGCUUAUCAGAAUUUGCAAUUCCUCCCACGCACGACUAAUAAUUGUUUUUUCUAUGCAUCAUUCUUUAAGCAAGGCCUCAUCACUCCCUUUUCAGUUAAUGGAAACAAAUUCCCUCUAUGGUUUUUUAAGCUUCUGUCUCUUCACUCCCUUGUAUCAUCAGCAUAUGUUUGAUUUUUCUCCUAAAAUCUCAGCAGCAUUUACUGUAACAAAUAUUCAUAAAGGAUCAGGUUUUUAAUACAGUC